CACUCGACCGUACAACAAUCCAUUCAAGAUGUUCAAGUUCUUCGCCCUCGCCUUCGUCGCUCUGAUUGCCUGCGUCUCGGCCAAGCCCGGAAUUGUGGCUCCUUUCGCCUACUCUGCGCCUCUGGUGGCUGCUGGCCCAGCGGCUGCUGUCUACAGCCGGGAAUAUCACGGAAACUUUGCGGCACCCUACGUGGCAGCAGCAUCUCCUUAUGUGGCAUCCCCAUACCUGGCAUCUCCUUACGUCGCCUCUCCGUAUGUCGCUUCCCCUUAUGUGGCAUCUCCCUAUACUGCUGCCUUCAGCGCAGCUCCUGUUCUGCUGAGGAAGUGAAUGCAGGAUGAAUGGAACCAAUGAAAUGAAUUUUACAAAA